UGGCUGCGGUGUUCAUCGAUAGCUGGUGCAGCCCUCGUCGCUGUAAUUAUAAUGUGCAUUUGUUUUUGUCCACCAGAAUUGUCCGAUUUUCCAGUUGCAUUAUUUGUUUUGAUACGAUGAGAGCGCGGUGGUAGCAACGUAUAACGGUGUAGGUGUCCGGUGUCCUCGCGCUUAUGUUCGUUUCGUAUUUGUUUGCACGAAAAGGAGGUUUGGUGUUGAGGCCGUCAGCCAAAAAACAAGACAGCUGAUCACAGACUAUAUCUUCUCACACCUGCUACGAUUAAGGGAGAUUUAUUUACAAAACUGGCCUGCAAAAGGGUUUUCGGCGCCGUCACCCUGUUUAUAUAACACCAAGUUGAGUGAAGAUGGCCCUGCCAAGGAAUCUGGUAUCCAAGAUCUAUGACAUCAAGGCUCAUGAUAGCAGGGUCACUAGCCUGGACCUGGGCGAGACUGGCCGGGUGCUGGUCACCGGUGGAGAGGAUCGCAAUGUCAAUCUCUGGGCGAUUGGGCAGAAUGAGUGCUUCAUGUCUCUGACAGGCCACAAUCGCUCCAUUGACUGCGUCCGUUUCGCGUACAGGGAUGACUUUGUUUACUCCGCGGACGAUAUUGGAAUUAUCCGGCGAUGGGACUUGAAUGCCCAGAAAAUUUACUCUACGCUUAAUGGGCACAUGAAGAGUGUCCGUACUCUGGACUUUAAUCCCUCCGGGGAGUAUGUGGUGUCCGGUAGCAAUGACACGACCGUGAGGUUGUGGGACGUGCAGAAUGAAAACAAUUGCAUUCGAAUUUGCCGAGGCCACAUGUCGCAUGUAAACUCUGUGAAAUUCUCACCAGACGGCCUCUGGAUUGCCUCCGCUGGCCUGGAGGGCUCCAUUCUCAUCUGGGACAUACGAAAGAGCAAACAGAUCAUGGAGUUUAUAGCCGAGUCGCCGGUAACAGCCAUCACCUGCAUUCAGUUUCAUCCGUUUGAGUUCCUGUUAGCCGCCGGCCGUGUGGACGGAACCGUGUGUAUUUACGAUCUGGAGCAGCAGCAGCUCGUGUCCCAGACCACACACUUUUAUGGCCAAAGCAUCAAGUGUAUUACGUUCAGUGAAAAUGGCGAGUGCCUUUUCGUGGGCAGUGCAUCCGGCAUUUCCGUCAUCGGCUGGGAGCCCGAUCGUGAGCUGGACCAUAUCAAGAGUACCUGGUCCUCGUUGGGCGAUAUGAAAGUGGUCAAGAAUAAGCUGAUCUGCGGUUGCCAUGAGGACGACACCGUCUCUAUCAACACCAUCAGCCUGGACCGUGUGAUACCGUUUUAUCAGCCGCCCAACGCAUUGCCCAACUUCAAGCACAACUCGACCAACCGGAAGAGCUUCACGCGCGGCAACCAAAAGUUCCGGCUGUCGCUGGGCGGCUCCAAGCCGGCCCAGGUUCGUGAGGAGCACGAGGACAAUAAGAGUGAGCUGUCGUCGCCCAACUUGAGUCUGGAGGUUGUGAAUGAGGCUGUGCUGGAGUCGGCGGAGACAUCGCCGAUGUCCUCGCUACCGCCUGCUCAGCUUCCGGCAAUGCCGCCGGGCUCCUCGUCCUCAUCGGCAGACCUUGCGUAUCAAGGCAGCUUUUAUGGCCAUGGCGAGGCAUCGCUGAGGCACGGCAAGUACUCGCGUGGAGCCGACAGCCUCACAUACAACAUUGAGGCCAACUAUGGUGGCAAUUAUGGCAUGGAAAGCCAGAGCCACAUCCGCUUGCAGUCAAUGAACGGGCCCAGUUCGCUUCACAACUACAACAUAUACUCGCUGGGGAAAGACGAGGACUCCGAUGCGGAGGCGGGUGUGCAGCAGUUAAAUGACAGCAACCCGCCGAUACUCACCAAUUACGACAACUACGAGAUGGCCGAGGACUUCCCCGUCAAUCAGAACCUCAACUACAUGGCCAAUCCGUACAAGAGUGCCUCCAUCGUGGCAGCUUCCUCCACCAUCAACGCCUCAUCCAAGUCGAUCAAGAAGACCACGAUGACCGGCCUGCACAAGCGGACAACAGGCAGCAUGGCCAGCACGAAGCAAAGCUCGGCCAGCAAGCUCAGCCAGGUGUCUUCCGUCAGCUCCAUGGAGCUGCACAAGCUGGAUGACAAUAUGGUACUGAAGAAGUCGUCCUCAUCGAACGUGGUCAAUAAGAACAAGCGGCCCAUGGGGGGUGCCGCCGCCCAAAGCCAGUUCUACAAGGAGAACAGUCAGCAGCAAAAGAACAUCAGUGUGGAGAUCAUAACGAAACCACCGAUGCGAUCCCGGACCACCCUAGACAUGCGCUCGUCGCAGCAGCAGCAGGCCAAGGCGCAGGAGAAGUCUCACAACGCUCAUCAGCCACUGAGCAAUCGAAUCACGGCGGAUGAUCAUCAUUACGACUUUGAUGCUCUUUCGAGGCCGCACGAGGCUGUGCUGAAGGAGCUGAGCAAUCGCCAGUCUAGCCUGGAUUUGUUGCGGAAUGCCACGCGAUCGCACGAUGUUCUGGGCGCCUUAAGGCAGGCAAAGAACUGCGGCAGAUCCAUUUUCAUAGACCUACUUGGAGCCAUACUAGAAAAGCCGUCAUCUUGGAACUUGGAUUUCUGCAUGUUUGUGUUGCCAGAGCUUUACGAGCUGCUACAGAGCCAGCACAAGUUCCACUUUACACGUGCCUGCGAUACACUUCGUAUUAUUCUGUCCAACUUCUUGCCCAUCAUUCAGGAAAACCUCGACUCCUGGGCAUCCAAUGGCUUGGGUGUGGAUGUGACGCGCGAGGAUCGACAGAGGAAGUGCGCCGAAUGCCAACGAUGGCUGCUCCAAAUCAAGAAUCUGCCUGAAAGCAUCCAUUUCGGUUCCACGUUGACGCAACUGCAAAACACUAUUGUUUUCUAAGCUGUAAAUUGUCGUGAGGUCGUCAGCUCUGGAAGGGUACGACGGAGAGAGGAUCCGGGGAGAAGAAAAACCACCAGCUUCCUAAAAACCUGCUUUGAACACAGUGUUGUGUGGGGAGUUACGCCUCAUUUGUUGUCGCUCUAAGCUGCCAAAACUACGGAAUUUUGAAACAAGUAAAAACAAAAAACAAGAAAACAAGAAAACCGAUGGAGGAAUAGUUUGAGGGGAGCGCGAGCCCGCUCUUUUGCACCCUGUCCUCUUCGUCCAGCAUUAACUUAGUCAUUAAAAAUGAUUUCUAUUAUUAAUUUUUGUUAUUGAAACUAAUUUAUACAAUUAUUAUUAUUUACCUAAUAUGUCUUAAGAUAUAAAUUUCGCAAAAACACGUA